CCGCUUCCCUGGGGCUGUGCCUGCGCUGUGCAAACAAUGAGCAUGCAAGAAGCAGCAGCAGCAGCCGCAGCAGCAGCUAGGCUUGCUGCCUAGGAAGGAAACGCAGAUCUUCCUCCUCCUCUUCCUCCAGAGGAGAAGCCAAGAAGACGGGUUUAAAUAUGAAUGAAGACCUGACGGUUAAUUUAACGUGGCUGCCUCAGGAUCACUUAGAAGCCAGUCCGACAGAGAAUGUCUCGGCUGCUGUCACCUCUCUGAUUCCUGUCAAUGACCCAGAGCCUGGGUUUAUAGUAAACCCUUGGGAUAUUGUGUUGUGUACUUCGGGAACCCUUAUCUCCUGUGAGAAUGCCGUGGUCGUCCUUAUUAUCUUCCAUAAUCCUAGUCUUCGUGCCCCUAUGUUCCUCCUGAUAGGCAGCCUGGCCCUGGCCGACCUCUUGGCAGGAAUUGGAUUGAUCUUCAAUUUUAUUUUUGCCUAUCUUCUCCAGUCGGAAUCUACUAAACUGGUCACUGUUGGACUGAUAGUUGCUUCUUUCUCGGCCUCUAUCGGCAGCUUGCUGGCCAUCACUGUUGACCGUUACCUCUCUCUCUAUUAUGCGUUGACUUACAAUUCUGAGAGGACUGUCACUUUUACCUAUAUCAUGCUCAUUUUGCUCUGGGGAGCCUCUAUCUGUGUUGGACUGUUGCCUAUCAUGGGCUGGAACUGUCUCAAGGACGAAUCCACCUGCAGUGUGAUCAGACCACUCACUAAAAAUAAUGCUGCUGCCCUCUCUGUCUCUUUCUUGCUUAUGUUUGCUCUCAUGCUCCAGCUGUACAUUCAGAUCUGUAAAAUUGUGAUGCGCCAUGCCCAUCAGAUUGCCUUGCAACACCAUUUCCUGGCCACCUCCCACUACGUGACCACCCGGAAAGGAGUGUCAACUUUAGCCAUUAUCCUGGGAACCUUUGCUGCUUGCUGGAUGCCUUUUACACUCUAUUCCUUAAUAGCUGAUUACACCUAUCCUUCCAUCUAUACCUAUGCUACCCUCCUUCCGGCCACCUAUAAUUCCAUCAUCAACCCCGUCAUAUACGCUUUCCGGAAUCAAGAAAUACAAAAGGCACUUUGGCUCAUCUGCUGUGGCUGCAUUCCUUCUAACCUCUCUGCCAGAGCAAGAUCACCCAGUGAUGUUUGAUUGGGAGAUGGAGGGCAUUUGUUCCUUUACCGUUGUGUUAUCUGGCUUUGCUACUUGCAUUAAAUUGUACAUAACAGAUUCACACUCAAGCCACGGGGAGUCUUGACCUUCUCAGAAAGAGAAAUCCUGUUGACCAAAGUGAACCAUGUUGUGCAGUUUGGGGAACAUCCCUGGAAGCAAAAAAUUGUCAACUGUAAGUGUUGCUCAGGUUCUGUUCUGGUUGUGUAACAAGACCAAUCCCCCUUGAUCUAGCAGUUUCUCACGGGCUUUGCCAUUCUUUCAGAGUAAGGGGCAUUUCUCUCCAUUGAAUGGGUAGCUUUGCAGAUUUGCUUUCUCCGUUUGAAUAGAUGGGAAGCCCACUUGCACAGGAGCUAAUGAGUGCAUAGGAAUGCACAUGGAGUUCCAGAUCAGGGCACUCUGUAACCCACAACCAACUUUCUGUGGAGCAGUUCCAUUGUCUUUACUAAGACUACUCCAGAGUUAAUUCUCUGUGUAUUACAGUCUGCUUUCUGAUAUUUUUAGGGAUAUAUACCUUAAGGCCCACAUUUUUGGACACAUGCAAAUGAUGCUUAAGAAGAGGUAGGUGUGGUUGUUGAGAUGUAUAAUCCAGAGCAAGUCAUGCAUAAUAUGGCCUUGUGCGCAACCAGUAGCCUUAGAUUGGGAUGCACAUUCUUGUCUGGAUUACAAGAGGGAGAGAAAUGCACAUCCCCAGUUGGGGGAUUGUACUGGAUGAUUUGCUUCCAGCUGCAAUGUGAUCAUGAUGUGUCACUCCUGAUGCAGCAAAAGACGUCUGGGAGUUCUUUUCCUAGAAGGGCAGGUCAGAAGGGCAUCCUUGCUUGGGCUGCGCUUCUGGGCUGCCCCUCUAGGAAAGGAAACACAUACAUUUGCUUAAAAUGUAGCUCCUCUACAUAGUUUCCCAUCAUUUUCUCAGCCAAGCAAAAAUCUAGCUUCUUUUCAAAUUGUUUACAUAAUUGAGACCAAUUAUGCUGCAUUUUUUAUGUUGUCAAAGAAAAAUACCAUUUUCAAUCUCAAUAGAAAGAGUGAACGAGGACCAUAACUCAGUUUCUCUUGACAUCAGCCAAACUGUAAAUCCAAGACCAAGCAAAAUCUUUAAUAGCCCUGUUAGUAUUGCCUAAUGUGCUGUUUAUGAUGAUACAUUCUGAGCAACUCAUUUGCAAUAAAUGAUUGUUAUGCAGUAAUAAAGCUCAGAACAUUCUUUUUAAAACAGAUUAAGUUUUUCCGUUGGCCUUGCAGUUAACCACUUGCCCAUGUACUUUGGGUUGAUAAUGGUGUCUUUUGGCCAUGUUGCUUGCCAGAUCUGCUACUCAAAGUCACUCUGUGGCAUUUUGAUACACAAUAGCAGGCAAGCAGGUUGGUGCAAAACAAAAACACACACACCAUUUUGUGUGCUGGUAAUUCUUUUUUUCAUACUAAUCCUCCAGGCUGCAAGAACAAUUUAAUGAAAUAACCUACUUGCAUUCUGCAUUUAUCUUCAGCGCCAACAUGGAAGAACUUCUGUAAGAUUUGUCACUGACAUUUGUGUGUUACAUGGCAUUCUCUUUGUUCUGCUCUACCCUCGAAUUCUGAAGUUUGACAUUUUCAGAUCUGAGCACAUUUGGUCGCAAUUCCACACAGCAAACUGCCUAUGAAACACGUUUUCUACUUUUCUAGCAACUCCUCUUCUCUUUCAAAGCACAAUACUGUAUACAUAUCAUUCAAUUUCAUCCUUGGAUAUUAGUGCUAGCAUGAAAGAUGAAGGCACUUCUUGUGAAUAGUUAAACAGUGUGACAAACUUUCAAUUCUGUAAUCGAGAGUCUUUUUUCCCCCCUUUUGGACAAAGGUAAAUUUUACUGGGGACAAUAUUGGAAGAUGAUAUUUUUAAAAUCUCUCUUCUAUAAAAUGUAAAAUUUAAGGGGCAUUUUCAUGCUACCCCAUUAGUGGAAAUUUGACUCAUUCUUAUGAACUGUAAGCAUGUAUAUUGCUGUCUGAGCCAUGGAAGGGAGGCACCAGCAGGAUUCCCAGCUGCAGGCUAUUCUGCCUUGUUUGUCAGAGUAGUAUGAACUGGAGACUGCGGGAAGGGGUGGGGGCAGCGUAUAUCUGAAGGUUUCUGGGAAACACACAGGAUUGCCUCUUUUCUCUUUGAGACUCUGUGCCUUUAAUGGUUGCAAAGCAGGCAGAAAUUCAUCCAGGUGGUGCUUGCCUCAUUAGUGCAUCUCCAUGCCAGGCAAAGCAGCACCUAUUGAAUUUCUGCCAGUUGUGGCCCUAUUAAAAGCAACAAAACUUUGUCAGUAAAAAGGUGGCAACUCUUGAGCGUAGGAAAAGAGCUGACUCCAGAACCAGGAACUGUUGGAGGGAGAGGCAGGGUGAGGACCUGCUUGGAGGGAGAACAAUGUGGGGACACAGACACCUAGGAACUUGGAGCCAGAAUGUCCCAGAGUGUGAUUGCUAUGCAUUGCCACCAGUUUACACAUCUUCUGAAUGUUAAAGAAAUCUGCUAUAUUGUUUCACUGAUAAUGUUCUGUAUAAAUCAGUUAAAAUGUUGAAUUGUAAAAACAGAGAUAUUGAAAGUUAUAUUUACAAAAAAGAAUCCUGUAUAGUAUAUAGAUGGAAGAAGUUGCUGUAUAGCUGACACUCAAUCUUACUAAUGAAGGGCUGAUUCAAUAUUACAGGUUUGUCAUUAGUCUUCUAAUUCAGUGGGGUCAAUUGCUUCAUUUUUCAAAUGGAGAGUCUUCUAGCCUAGCCUAGCCUCCCCUGUGGAUUACUAAAUUUCUCAUGUGUUUCGCUACGUUUUGAAAGGGAUCACUUUCAAACAAACAACUCUCCACCUAAACGUUGAGGUGGUACAGUCCCUCUGUAAGGGCUGUACCUCCUCGGUUAAUGAAUUUAUCUCCAAUCCCUGUCUUUUCAUGUGGCUAUUCCAAUUAUUGUGGCUUUUGUGGUAAGUUCCUGUGAUUUUAACAAUUCGUAAGCUACACAAAAACAAGGAAAUUUCAUGUUUGCAUAGAUUUCUUUUUUUAAAAAAGAUCUUAGGGGUUUAAACUGCAAUAAUUUAGUUUUUAUGCCAAAUUCAGCUCAACUAGUUUGAAGUUUUCUUCUGUAAAACUGUUAGGACAUAACCAGAAUAGUGUGAUGUACCUACAGUUCCUUCUGGAUUCAUCAGAUGGGUUGCUCUGAACAACAAUCCAUGUCUCAAAAUACUAUAAGGUAUUUAUUUGUCUACAUUUGUAUAUUAAGGCAGUUCUGAUAAUAUCCAGUCUCCCGUUAUUAACAAUGAAGUAUGAUUUAAUAAUGUGGUCGAAUGCCGUUGAUUUUAAUACAAAAGUGUAUAAUGUAUGAAAUAUAACAAAUGACAUGUUAGGCUCAUUUGCUAAAGUUAAAACAGUAGAUUUUAUUUUAAAGUUGUAUUGUCCUGAUAAGGCAAGCAAAGAAUAUUGUUAAAAUGUUCUAGAAAACAUCCUGUUCUCUCUGUCUCUCUCUGACAUGUCCAGGAAUCUUUUUCUCUCACUAGCUAAACAGCCACCUGCCUCGUUGCCUAUGGGCAAUAAACAUCUUUCAGGUGACCGGGCAGGGAAGCUUUUGUAAAGAGAAUUUAUCCCCGCCCCGCCCCCCGCCCAUUUUCAGAUCAUCAUGGCUUGGUUUAUACGUAUCAAUAAACCAUGAACUGGAGUUAACAUCAAUGAGUUUCAGGCUCACAUGUUCCUUUCUUCCCUCACAUGUUCCAUUGGUUACAUAGGAAGCUACCUUAUGCUGAGUCAGAUUAUUGGUCCAUCUAGCUCAGUUUUGGUUAAAGGAGGGGCUCCCCAACCUAGGACCCCAGAUAUGGGAUUACAACUUCCAUAAUCUUCAGCCACAAAAGCCUUUGGCCUGUGUAAUCAUUGUACAGUUUUGUGUACAGUUCUGGUCACCAUAUCCUAAGGAGGACAUUGUAGAACUGGAACAGGUGCAAAAGAGGGCAACCAAGAUGAUCAGGGGCCUGGAAAACCUUCCUUAUGAGACAAGGCCAUGGUAUCUGGGGCUUUUUAGUUUGGAAAAGAGGCGACUAUGGGGAGAAAUGAUCAAGGUGCAUAACAUUAUGCAUGGAGUAGAGAAAGUGAACAGAGAUUAAAAAAAUUUUUCUCCCUCUCACAACACUAGAACCAGGGGUCAUACCACAAAACUGAUUGCCGGGAAAUUUAGGACCAACAAAAGGAAGUACUUUUUCACACAGUAUAUAACUACUCUGUGGAAUUAUCUGCCACAGGAUAUGGCGAUGGCCACUAGCUUGGUUGGCUUUAAAAGGGGCCUACACAAAUUCAUGGAGGACAGGUCUAUCAAUGGCUACUAGUCUGAUGGCUAUAAGCUACCUCCAGCUUGGGAGGCAAGAUGACUCUAAAUACCAGCUGCAAGAGAGCAGCAGCAGGGGAGGGGGCAUGCCCUCAUCUCCAGCUUGUGGGCUUCUCAAAGGCAUCUGGUGGGCCACUGUGGAAAAGAGGAUGCUGGAAUAGAUAAGCUUUGGGCCUGAUCCAGCAGGAAAUUUCUUAGGUUUUUAACCAUUCCGAUCGGUUACAGAGUAGGAAGCUGCCUUAUACCAAGUCAUACCAUUUGUCCAUGCAGCUCAGUAAUGUCUACAGCAGGGGUUCCUGACGUUGGGUCCUCAGAUGUCGUUGGACUAUAGCUCCCAUCCUUGGCCUUUGACCAUUGUGGGUGGGGAUGAUGGUAGUUGAGGUAGACCAGCAACAUCUGGGGAACCAAUUUUUGGAACUUAUCAUCAACACUAACUCUCCAGAGUUGGAUAUAUCCCUGCGAAUGCAGAGGUUGAACCUGGGACCUUCUGCAUGUAAAGCACAUGCUCUUUCACUGAGCUACAGCCCUCCUCUCCUGCACAUGUCCCACUUCUAAGCUUCCGAGGGGUGUCUGAUUGGCCACUGGUCUAGUUGGGCUGUAGUCUGAUCCAGCAAGACUCUUCUUAUGUUCUUAUCAUCCUGGUUCUCAGUAAACCGUAGUUUGCCUUUUCAUAUGGACCAGGCUAAUUUGUGCAAAGCAUGGUUUUCUUGCCAACCAGAACACCAUCAAACCAUGGUUUUUCAUUCUUGCUCGCAGGGACACCAUAGUUUCCCCAGUUCUUAUGCAGUGGGAAACAAUGUGGCUGGGGAUGAUGGGAGUUGUAGUCCAAAAAUCAUUUGGAGACCCAGGACUGGGAAACCCUGCUGUAUGGUAGGAUCACCUGGUGCAAAGGGACAUCCUCUUUUUUCCUUCUUAAUCUGGACAUGAUGUGAGCUGGCUGAGGCAUGUUGUCAGGAGGCAUCUUUCGUGGGCUGCAUUCCAGGGCGGAAUCAAAGCAAACACGUGAAGCUGCCUUAUACCAGGCCAGACCCUUGGCCCACCUAACUUAGUACUGUAUACUAGGUAUGUGCAAACAGGUUUGAUGUCGAACCAGUUCGGUUUGACUGUUUGGGGUUGAGCCAAACCACCCCCUGUUCAGUCUGACCCCAGACUGAAACACCUCCCUCCCCCGGCCAGUUCGGGGGGGUUGCGAUUUAAAAACAACAACAUUAUUUUAUAAAUUCAAACGUACCCUCUCGGGGGGAGUUAUCCAAGGCGGCAGCAGCGGCGGGGUGUGUGUGUGUGUCCAUGGAGGUUCUCCCUUCCCCCGCCGGCCUCCCUUAUUUGCAAAAUUGGCUAUUCUUCAGCCUAUUUGGGGGCCUUCCCCCCACAUUGUGGCCAUUUUGGAGGUCGCUGCACCUGCACAGUGGGCCUCUGUGUGGCCUCCAAAAUGACCACUGUGCUGGGGUGAAGGAAGGCCCCAAAACGGGCUGAAAAUGGCCGAUCUUGCAACUAAGGGAGGCCGGUGGGGAGAGAGGGAACCUCUGCAGACAUGCACCACCGCCCUGGAUAACUCCUCCAGAGGGGGUAAGUUGGGGGAGAUUUAAAAAAAUAAAAAUAAAAAGCUCGCAAACCACCACCCCUGGACCGGACCGAACUGGGGAGAAGGUUCGAGGCGGUGUGAGACCGAACUGGCCCAGUCCAGUUUGGGUCCGGUUUGUACUCAAACCGAACUGGACCAGCUGGUUCCAUGCACACCCCUACUGUCUGCACUGACUGGCAGCAACUUCUCCAGGACUAAAGGCAGGAGCCUUCCCAGCCCCACACGGAGAUGACAGGGGUUGGACCUGGGACAAUCUGUCUGCAAAUCAGAUGCUCUGCCACUGAGCUGUAGCUCCAUCCCCCAUAUGGCAGCUCCUGUUUUGCUUUUGUGUGCUUGGGCAUGAGUGGGGCAACCACACUGUGCCCGGCUGCUCUGGGAGGGUCAUUUACCCCGUAUAACAUGAGCUUGGCUAGAGCAAUGUAUCUCUCAUUGAUAUGAGCAGGGGCUUUAGCACUCUGGUUUCCGUGUGAAGACAAGUGUCAUACUGAACGAACCCACAGUCCCCUCCUGAGUUAUAGGGUGAGCUCAGCUUCACAGCUGAAAUGAUGGACAUCCAUAUCAGCAAAUGUGAACUCCGCUCAGGCAUCAGAUGUGCUGUCCUUGCUCCUGGCAGACUGAUGGCCUUUUUAAUUUUUAAAAUCCCUGCCUGCAUGUUUGUUCUUUAAUUCAUUGCCUUAUUAAUUUUUUAAAUGUCAGCUUUUUUCUUUUUCUUUUUUCACAAAGUGUCAAUUCGCCCUAGGGACUGUGGGGGCCCCUUCCUGCUGACAUUACAGAAGGCAAGCCUAUCAGUAUGACACAGAUAAGCCUUCUCAUACAAACUUGCAUAACCCUCCUUCUGCCCCACCCCACAAGAUUAACCCUGUACACCAGGGCUACUCAACUUUGGCCCUCCGGCUGUUUUUGGACUACAACUCCCAUCAUCCCCAGCCACAAUGGUCAAUAGGCAGGAAUGGUUGGAGCUGUAGUUCAACAUCUGCAGGAGGACUAAAUUUGUUCAACACUGCUGUACACAAUGUGGAAGUGCUUCCAGUUCAGUGCUGCCACUCUAUAAAUCUUAGGUCUGUUUUCUACCUCAAUUCAGUGGAUCAAGUUUUGCAUCUUUGCUAUUAGGAUGUAUCCUUCACCUUCGUCUCUUCUUGUAAAGUUGUUUUGCCUUCUACUGUACCUGUCUAUAUACACCUGGCACAUUAUUUGACUGUUUCAUGUAUCUGAUGAAAUACACAUUUGCCUACAAAGGUCAUGUUACAA